AUGCGGGGUGCAGCGUCUGCCUCAGCACUUACUUCUUCUGCGGCUUCCUCAACGUGGUCCACAAUUCCGCACUCACGCACACCCCCGCUUCAGUCUAACAUCGAAAAGGUGGGAGACAUAGUGCGUCCGUCGUCAGCGACAGCACUACUCUCCUCCCUGUCCACCUCUUCAUCUGGAAUUGGUGAGUCGUUGAGAAGUCCAUUUGCUGAACUUUCGAUGACUUCAGAAGGCGGAACGUCGUGUGCCAGUACCCCCACAACGACCAACACCUUCGCACCGCUCGAAUCAUCAGCUGAGGACGAUACGAUUGGAGACGACGCGGCGGAGGAUUCGAAUUCUGGAGUUGUUGGUGGUGAAGGAGAGAAAGAAGAAGAGAAUCUGGUGAAGGAUUCUCCGGAGAAGAUACCAGAACCUCCUUCAGAAGAUGUUCAAAAUGAGACAGUUAGAGAUGAUGAUGAAGAAGCGAAAAUUGAGGAAGAAGAAGAUUCAAAAAUCGAAAAAGAAGAGGAAAAAGAAGAAGAAAACCCAGUAUCUAUUAGCCGUAUAGAGGCGUUGAUGCAGUUGCGCUCUGUUGAAAAUUCAAAAAAUUCUGAAAAAAAAACUUAUAUUUCUCUAUUUUCAGAACCAGUCGUGGAACCAAAGGAGGAAGAUAGGAUACAGGAGGAAAAAGAGGAAGAGAAGCCAGUUGAAGAACCAGAGCAUUGCUCUGAACCUGGACCAUCGAAAGAACCUGAACCUCAAAUUGAAGAAGAAUCCUGUCCUCCUCACCCUCCUUCUCCUCCUCCACCCGCUGUCAUCGACGAACCCAGUAUAGUAGAAAACGGCCCAACUCAAGACGGUGUCCUUCCGAGUACCUCAUCCGGAGUUCCCGGUGUCACGAUGACGUCGUCACCAGCGCCACCAAGUAAUCCACUGCGAAAACUACGAUACACCAUUCGAUUACCCCAAAAAGCAGCACAACGAUUAAAACGGAUAGCCAACUUCCAGCCGUCGACGUUAAGAAGGAUAAGUCUGAGUUCUUUGAAGAUCGCCGAUGGUGAAACGAUUCGAAUUCCCGAUGGUUCUCCUAUCCCGAUUCCAGUUGCUCCCGAAAUGGAGAGAAGGAGUCCGUGUGGAUCAUCUCUGGAUCGAUCACGGGAAUUGAUUUCAUUGAGUCAUCCAAUGAUUCCUCAUCAACAACCACCUCCUUGUCAAGUUCCUCAGCAUAUGCUACCACAAGCGGUUCAUCCUGGACAUGCUCAUGCCGGUCAUCCAAUGGGUGCUAUUCCACAACAGCUACUCCCACCUCAUCAUCCUGGCGCGCAAGGACAUCCGAAUUUCCAAAUCAAACAAGAACCACCGUCCCAAUUCACACCGCAACCUCAGCCGACUCCACAACCGAUGCCACAACAUCCGAUGCAUCCACAACAGAUGCCACCGCAUUAUCCGCCUGGAGUUCAACCACACCCUCAUCAAAUGCAUCCUGGAAUGCGUCAGAUGACUGCUGAAGAAUUCGCCCAAAUGAGAGCAAGAGAAGGAUUCGCUCCUGGACCGCUGUCAGGACCAAUUUCUGGUCCGAUGUCAGCAUCUCAGAUCAAACAGGAGCUAUCCAGUUCGAGUGGACACCCAACACCGGUUCCCGGAACACCACAAUCCCAGCAGAUGACUCCUCAACCUGUACAAAUGGGUCCGAUAGGUCCACAAGGUCAGCCUGGUCCUCCGUUAACACCUCAGCAACAGCAGCAACAACAAGUCGCAAUGGGAAUGAAUCCACAACAACAUCCGCCAAUGAAUCCACAACAACAAAGGAUACACCAGCAACAACAGCAAGCACAAGCUUCAAGUAGUCCGCUUCUCGUGACUUUGCUCUCUAAUCCGAACCAAGGUGGUCAACCACAGCAACCACCACCACAGUAUGCGCAAGGAAUGACGGUACAGCAGAUGGCAGCGAUUCAACAGCAACAACAACAGCAGCAACAGGUAUCCCUAUUAUUUUAUUACCAACAGCGGAUGAUGCAACAGCAGCAGCAUCAAGCGAUGCUUCAACAACAGCAAGCCCAGCAGCAAGGACCGCCAGGUCAGCCACCAACCACGCCAGUUCCAGGAACGCCAGGGUUCUUUCCUGGACAGCCAGGAGCACCACCAGGAACCCCUGGUCGGCCAAUGGGUCCACCCCCAUUCGGAAUGGGCCAACCACAGAUGUUCCAUGGACCUCAAGGCCAGAUGAUCCAGAGGAUACCAUCGUAUCCUGGCAAUCCGGGACCACCUCAACAGUUCCGUCCUCCACCCCAACAACAGCAACCGGCUCCUCAACAGCAACAACAGGAUGCUCCGAUUGCGGAGCCGCCGAAAAAGAAAAAGCGUCCCACGAAGAAGCAGAAAGAGGCAGCUGCAGCGGCGGCGUUGGAGCAGCAACAACAGCAGCAACAGCAACAAAUGCAGGCGUAUUAUGGUCAACAGCAGCAACAGCAAAUGAUGCAGCAUCAGCAACAACAAGGACAGAUGAUGCAUCAAGGGCAAGCGGGAUAUCCGGGACAGCAGUUUCCAGGAAUGCCACCUCAGGGAGGAUUCCCUCCAGGAUUCCAUCCAGGAGGACCUCCGCCGACGCCACAACAGCAGCAAAUGUGGCACCAGCAGCAGCAGCAAAGGAUUGCCAUGUUCCAACAACAACAGCAGCAACAAGGUCAGCAAGGUCCUCCGCAACCAAUGGGACAGCAGCAGCCACCAAUGGGUCAAUGGCCACCCCAGCAACGCCAACUCCCAGUUCCAUAUCCUCCAGGCACGAAUCAACUUCCUCCAGAUGCGAACCAACCACCAACCCAACCGCAACAACACACUCCCAACCAGCCACCACCGCCAUCAAUUCAACAUCGGCUAUCCGGAGAGUUUGCACCGCCGCCAGGGACAUCAUCUGGAGAAGGAGGUCAGAAUACACCUCAAUCGGGACAGUUUACUCCUAAUCAUGGAUUCCAACGCAGCGACUCGUCGGCAAGUGUCUAUUCGGGUAGUCAUACUCCAUUUGGACCAGGGCAAUCUGUACCACAGCAACCGGGACCAUCGCAGGCGGGUCCAUCGGCUCCACCGCCAGGUCAACAGCAUCAACAGAACGCGUCAGGUGACCAGGGAGAGAAGACGAUGGUGGAUCAGUUGCUGAAUUGUUCGGAGCCAUGUAAGUUGAAAUCCUUAUCUAACACAUAUAACAAUUUCUAUAUUUUUCCAGUGGCUGAUCUUGGAGACCUUGGUGACCUCGGAGAACUUGACAUCGAACCAAUGGAAAAUUCUCAAGACAACCCUCCAGCAGCGCCGAGCACGUCAAACGGAGAAGACGCAGAUCGAAACGAUAGGCUAGCCGCUUCAAUCAUGGAAGUCGUAGAAAGUGUCGCCCGCGCUGGCCGCGGCCGACCGAAUAGUGCUGAAGUGGCAGCUCUAACCGAUCCACGUGGCAAUCACUCACUGAAUUCACAACUGCCAACUGCAAGCCCCGGAGGAAGGAAUCUGUCACAUGAGCACAAUAUGAGAGCUCACGCGUUUCAUGGAGCAAAUCGGAUGGAGCCAAAUGGGAUGCCAUCUGGUCCAGGAGGUCCGAUGAGGAUGGUUAAUGGAGGACACGAGGUAAAGCCGAAAUUCCAAAACGGUGCUCGUCGUCAACAACCCCAACCGCUUCAACAUCCCCAACAACAGCCACCCAUGGGAAUGAUGCAGCCGCAAAUGAUGAAGAACGAGUUGACUGACGAUCCGAACGAUGCCAAAAUUGCUGAAUUCGCCAAAACGAUAAGCGAGAAGGAUAAGAAGAUCAAGGCAGCGGCGGAGAGCAAGACGAAGUUGCAGGCGAAAUCGAAUCGAAAGCCACGAACAUCGAAAGCAAAGGCAGCGGGACCACAAGCCAUGCCACCACCACCUCAUCCACAGCAGCAAAUGACUCUUCAACAACACCAACAAAUGCAACAACAACAACAACAUCCGAAUGCUCAAAUGAUGAUGCAAGGGCAUCCAGGACAUCCAGGCCACAUGCAGAUGCAUCCACAAAUGCAGCAACACCAUAUGCAACAGAUGCAAAUGCAGCAGCAGCAGCAGCAUCACCAACAACAGCAGCAGCAUGAAGAAAUGAUGCAAAUGCAGAUGCAUCACCAGCAGCAACAACAACAGCAAAUGCAUCAGAUGCCACUUCAUCAUUUGCCACAACCGCCACCGCAACAUCAAAAUCAUGGAAUUCCUCAGGCUCCGCCCCCUCCAUCUGCUCCGUCGACUCCUGUUGCAGUCGCUCCGCCUCCCCAACCACAGGCCUAA